AUGGUUCAAUCGAAACAUCCAACUGGUAUCGCUCCGUUUCUCUUUGCAUGUUUCUUGUUGCUUACCUUCUUCCCCGCAGCUCUGGCUUCCGCCGGUGACCUGGACCAGGAAUUUCAGAAAUGUGUCGCUGAUUCCUCCGCGAAGUGUUCUCUGAACCCAACCUUGCCCCUUAUUCUGCGUAUUUUUGCUUGGUCUUGUGAGGAUAAUUGCAGAUAUAAGUGUAUGCACCAAAUCACUGAUCAGGCAGUAAGUCUAAACAAAGAGAUAGCUCAAUACUACGGGAAAUGGCCAUUUCAUCGUCUUUGGGGAAUUCAGGAACCCGCUAGCGUGCUAUUUAGUAUUUUAAAUGGUUAUAUGCAUUAUCGUUACCUACCAAAACUUCAUCGCCAAAUUCAGGACUUUUAUUACAUGAAAAAGUUUUACAUAAUUUACGCCUACAUUGGUAUAAAUAGUUGGAUAUGGUCUUCUGUAUAUCACUCGCGUGACUUCCCCACGACCGAAGAGUUAGAUUACUUUUCUGCUGGCCUCUCUAUUCUCUAUAAUUUAUUCUGCACAGUUCUGCGCGUAUUCCAAGUACGCAACACUAAAUAUACGACCAUAUGGGCAUUGAUCUGUUUAUUGGCUUUCUCUGCACAUGUAUCAUACCUACACUUCUUCAAAUUUGACUACGAAUACAACAUUGUCGCCAAUAUUGGCGUCGGCUUGUUGAACAAUCUCAUCUGGGUUGGGUGGUCACUAACACAUUGGCAUAGAAGACCGGACGAUUAUUGGAAGCCUCUUGUGGUAGUUGCUUUAAUUAUAAUUACUGCUUCAUUGGAAGUAUUUGAUUUCCCUCCUUGGUGGCGAAUCUUUGAUGCACAUUCUUUGUGGCACGCUAGCACUAUCUAUAUAAUUGCUUUUUGGUACGAGUUCAUACUGGAGGAUGCAAGGAUCGAGAGUUUUCGUGAAAGUAAAGGAAAGAAGAUUGACAAGUAA